AUGGAGAAGAAAAAAAAAAAAAAAUUUUCCUUCCAAGGGUACUUCAAAAAAUCGGCAUCGUCCUCCAGCAAUGAGGAGAAGGGCAACCAGAAUGAUCACGUAGAUGGCGAUCACAUGGAUGGAGACCACAUGGGUAGCGACCGCGUAGAUGGCGACCGCGUGGAUGGAGACCACACGAUUGAGAGGGACGAAUCGGAGGUAAAGCUCAGCAGCCAUGGAAGGACGCAGUUUUGUAAAAACCCCCUGGGGUUGGUGGCUUAUUACCGAUGCACAGAGGGGAAGCACGCCACUUUGGAGGAUUCGUCCGGAUGCCACAGGCCGGCGUCCAUCCGUAACUAUCGGGAACAGGGUGCAGACUCCCCGUGGAUGUUUAAGCUAAAAAAUAAGCAGCUAGUCGAUCUGGAAAACAAGAAGGGAGAAAAGGCCAAGGCAAACUACUGCCUGAAGCUGAGUGGUAAAUCCAAGUGCUAUCUCCAAGUAGAGUCGGACAACUGUUUAGAGCUCCUGGGAGGAAACUAC